AUGUCAGCUAACUAUAACUGGCAGGCAAUCCACCCAGUCUACGGCGUCCCCCUCGCCGUAAUCCAAGCCACAAAACAACCCCGAAUCCACUGCGACGUCCGCCAAAAACACAACCUCCCAUCUAGAUCCUGGGCCGUCCGUAUUUCCACCUGGAUCAACACCAACUAUUUCCUAUGGUGUUUAUGCGCCGGUCUCGCCGACUAUCGCUCCGACGAGAAAUGGACAAAUACCUUCAACACUCACCACCGCAAAACCUGGGUUGAGAUUCAGGCUAGAGUUCAGGAGGUCGAGGGGCCUUAUAGGUUCGGUAUACCUAUCCCGAUGCCGCCGGUCAUGAAGGCGGUCGUUGUUCAUCAUCCCGAGAGUGGGCCUGCGGAGACGUUUACGGUUCGUCCUGAGGCGAGGCCGACGCAUCUUAUCCCGAAUAUUACCGGUGUGUCGAGGGAUGCUGUGUGGGGACUUUUGCGGUUUGUGACGGAGCGGCAGGCUGAGGUGCCUGAUUUGUUUGAUGUAGUGCUUCAUAUGGCGCCGCCGGGGCUGGAGCGGUCUGUAGAUAAGAUUGAGCGUAGUGUGGUGAGGGAGGAUGUAUCUGAGGACGAAUGGGAGGAUGAUGUGGUAGAUACGUACUACCGGUUUGGGAAAUGA